UCCCCUCCUCCGCUUCACACCCCCAAUACCCUCCUCCCCGAGCUCGAGCUAUCGUCUUCCAGAACCUUCUUUUCGAGCUUGCCUUUGCUGCGAUGGCCGGCGUGGAUCUGACCCCGAGGCCGCCGAGGAAGGCGUACGGCGGCGAGGGCGGCGCCUACUACGAGUGGAGCCCUGCCGACCUGCCCAUGCUCGGCCUCGCCUCCAUCGGCGGCGCCAAGCUCUGCCUCGCGGCGGGGGGCCUCUCCCUCCCCAGCUACUCCGACUCCGCCAAGGUCGCCUACGUCCUCCAAGGUAAGGGGACCUGCGGCAUCGUGCUGCCUGAGGCGACCAAGGAGAAGGUGGUCGCCGUCAAGGAGGGCGACGCCCUGGCUCUCCCCUUCGGCGUCGUCACCUGGUGGCACAACCUCCCGGAGUCCGCCACCGAGCUCGUCGUCCUCUUCCUCGGCGACACCUCCAAGGGCCACAAGUCCGGCCAGUUCACCAACUUCCAGCUCACCGGCGCCACCGGCAUCUUCACCGGCUUCUCCACCGAGUUCGUGGGCCGCGCCUUCGACCUCCCCGAGUCCGACGCCUCCAAGCUGGUGUCCAGCCAGGCGGCGUCCGGCAUCGUCAAGCUGAAGGCCGGGCAAAAGCUCCCCGAGCCGUCGGCCGCCGACCGCGAGGGCAUGGCGCUCAACUGCCUGGAGGCGCCGCUGGACGUGGACAUCAAGAACGGCGGGCGCGUGGUGGUGCUCAACACCCAGAACCUGCCGCUGGUGAAGGAGGUCGGGCUCGGCGCCGACCUGGUGCGGAUCGACGCGCACUCCAUGUGCUCGCCGGGGUUCUCGUGCGACUCGGCGUACCAGGUCACCUACAUCGUCCGCGGCAGCGGCCGCGUGCAGGUGGUCGGCACCGACGGCAAGCGCGUUCUGGAGACCCGCGUCGAGGGCGGCAACCUCUUCAUCGUGCCGCGCUUCUUCGUCGUCUCCAAGAUCGCCGACGCCUCCGGCAUGGAGUGGUUCUCCAUAAUCACCACUCCCAACCCGAUCUUUAGCCACCUGGCCGGGAGGACGUCGGUGUGGAAGGCGAUCUCGCCGGAGGUGCUGGAGGCGUCGUUCGACGCGUCUCCGGAGAUGGAGAAGCUGUUCCGGUCCAAGAGGCUCGACUCGGAGAUCUUCUUCGCGCCCAACUGAGGAUCGCGUCGCGUUGCAUCGCCGUGGGUGUCGUCGUCUUAGGCUGAAUAAUAAUAGUUCAAUCCCUGCUUCAUCAGGAGAUGUUUUAUCUGGAUUCUGUCAUGUCUGUCUGUGUUAGGGGCUAAUGCUGAGUCGUUUGCAUUGAACCGUGGAUUAUCUAUUCUAUUCUAAGGGUGGUGGCUUUUCGGGCAAAUUUGAUCUGUUUUUGUGGUUGUU